AUGUCUGUGAAAGUUGCUAGUGACAAGUCUACCAAAAAGGUUCAAUCAAUACUAAAUUUUACAGAUAACAACAUCAAGAAAACAAUAACAUGUACCAUCUGUGAAAUGACGUAUAACUCAAAAUUACCAGUAGAUGUUGAUUUACACAAGAAAUAUCAUCUAGAAUUUACGAAUGGGAUCAGUUGGCCGAAUACGCUAACACCUUCGAAUUACUUAGCACAAAAUUUCAACUUAGUUGUCACUGAAACAAGGCCAAAACUAGGUAAAUUAAAAUCCAUCAAAGCCCAGAACAUAGUUAAAGCUAGAAUUAUUGUAAUAGACAAAACCAACAAAAGACAGAUUGAGAAAGUGGACAAGAUAUUAAAAAUGGUAAAUCAAGAAUUAAAUGCAACUGAAGAUUCAAAACAAUGGAGAAAUUUAAAUUUUAAAAACAGUAAAGCAUUUGUUAUAGUGAUAAAUAAUAAAGCAGUAGGAUUAUGCACAACGGAUACUAUAACGGAAGGUAAAUGGAUGAUUUUCAAAAAUCAAAAAUUAGUACCUAACCAAACAAUUUCUGGAGUUAAAAUUGGCAUAUCGAGAAUUUGGAUAUCUCCUAGAUGGAGACAAUUGGGAUUAGGUUUAAAAUUAUUGAAAUUUGUAACUGAAAACUCCAUAUAUGGUCAAUCACUUUUCAAGAAUCAAAUAGCGUUUAGUCAACCUAGUUCUAAUGGUGGUAAAUUAGCUAAAUCAUUUAAUGGAGUACUACACAAAAGUGGUGAAGUAUUAAUUCAAGUAUAUACAGAAGACGUAUAA